AUGGCCACUAUCUGGUUCCUGUCCUGCCUUGCCCUCCUUGGCACUGCCUAUGGUUGCGGUGUUCCCGCCAUCCAACCUGUCCUCAGUGGAUAUUCACGGAUAGUCAAUGGAGAGGAGGCAGUGCCUGGAUCAUGGCCCUGGCAGGUUUCUCUGCAGGACAGCACCGGCUUCCAUUUCUGUGGAGGUUCUCUGAUCAGAGAGAACUGGGUGGUCACGGCUGCCCACUGCAACGUCAGGACAACUCAUCAAGUGGUGUUGGGAGAAUUUGACCAAGGCACUCCUUCAGAGGAAGUUCAGGUCCUAAAGAUUGCCAAGGUCUUCAAGAACCCCAAGUUUAACAUCUUCACCAUCAAAAAUGACAUCACACUGCUGAAGCUCGCCACUCCAGCCAGGAUAACGGCUAGCGUGUCUCCCGUGUGUCUACCCGAGGCCUCGGAUGACUUCCCUGGGGGCAUGUCUUGCGUCACAACUGGAUGGGGUCUUACGCGCCACAAUGACAAGGACACCCCAGAGAAGCUACAGCAAGUGGCCCUUCCUCUGCUGACCAACCAAGAGUGCAAGAAAUACUGGGGCAACCGCAUUGCUGAUGUCAUGGUCUGUGCAGGUGCUGCAGGAGCAUCCUCGUGCAUGGGAGACUCUGGUGGACCCUUGGUGUGCCAGAAGGAUGGUGCCUGGACCUUGGCAGGGAUUGUCUCCUGGGGCAGCAGUACCUGCUCCACAUCUAGCCCUGGGGUCUAUGCCCGCGUCACUGAGCUCCGGCCCUGGAUUGAUGAGAUACUAGAAAGCAAUUAA